AUGGCUCUAACCAAUGAGUGUAGUUCAUUUCUGCAAGACAAGUUGCCACAAAAGUUGAAGGAUCCUGGGAGUUUCACUAUUCCAUGUACUAUUGGAGACACUUAUUGUGGGAUGGCUUUAUGUGAUUUGGGUGCUAGCAUUAAUUUUAUGCCAAUGUCUGUUUUCAAGAAAUUGGGGAUUGGAGAAGUCAGGCCUACUACAGUUACUCUUCAACUUGCAGAUAGAUCUUUUGCUCAUCUAGAUGGGAAACUUGAAGAUGUGUUGGUGAGGGUAGACAAAUUCAUAUUCCCUAUUGAUUUUAUUGUGCGAGACUAUGAGGCGGAUAGAGAGGUGCCUAAUAUUUUGGGGAGGCCAUUUCUUGCAAUAGGAAGAACUUUGAGAGAUGUGCAAAAGGGUAAGCUUACUAUGAGGGUCCAAUAUGAAAAGGUGACUUUUAAUGUUUUUAAGGCUAUGAAGUUUUCUGAUGAGGUUGAGGAAUGCUUAGUGGUUUUAGUGGUAGAUUCUUUGGCAUCAAAGGAGUUUGAGACUAGUAACGUUGACGAUCCAUUAGAGAGGAAGUUCAAGCCUCCUACACCAUCAAUUGAAGACCCACCUGAGUUAGAGAUGAAAGCCUUGCCAUCACAUUUGCGAUAUGCGUACUUGGGUCCAUCAUUCACUUUAUCUGUCAUUAUUUCAGCGGAGUUGAUUCAUGAACAAGAAAAAAUGUUACCUGAGGUGUUGAGAAAGUUCAAGAAGGCCAAUGGGUGGACUAUUGCAGAUAUUCGAGGUAUUAGUCCUUCUUUGUGUAUGCAUAAGAUCUUGCUUGAAGAUAGUGAAAAAUGUUCUAUUGAGGGGAAAAGGAGACUAGUUCCUAUCAUGAAGGAAGUAGUGAAGAAAGAAAUCAUCAAGUGGUUAGAUGUUGGCAUUAUUUAUCCUAUCUUUGCAGUUCAUGGGUAA